UUGCAGAGAAAAGGGGGCUCCUGGGCGUGUAGAGACUUCCAGGGAUCCUAAGGGCCACUCGAUUCCGUAAUGCAUGAAGGCAUGUCAGCCACAAUUUGCCAAAUUUGCUCAGGAAUAGCUUGUUGGGUUGGAGCCGACUGCAGAUAGUGAGGUGUUGCCCCCGCCGAGAUUCACGGAGGCACAUUCGAUUCCCGUUUUUUUCGCAAAGCUUUGCGCUCUUACCCAUCGGUCGGAAGAAGCAGGUCGAGUCAUGAAAUAGGAAGGCGUUGAAAGUAGAUUGGGUGUCCGCCCUCCCCCUAAAGAGGACGGAAAAGGUGAAGCCACUCGAUCUUUGAAGUAGGAAGGCGCUUAAAGUAGAUUGGAAUCUGGGAAUCCCAAAAUACCUACUUUCAGCGACCGAUGGGCAUUGUUUCGUCAGACCAACGUUCAUGUGCAAGUCCAGUCUCGCCAAUGCAGCUCACAUGCUCAGUGGGCAGCAACAGAGAGGGCCUCCACGUGCGGAACUGCAGCCCGCGGCUUGGCCAAUGUCAUCAUAGGGCUUGCACAGGGCUUGCAACGGGUUUUCGAACAUAUUUGCGCCCACCUCCAAGCUUUUGUGCGUGUGUUCCUCGACUAAGUUCUCGCCGGGCCAUGCCGUAACUAUUUAUGUCCCUAUCGCAGGGGGAUGCAAUCUCUUUCCUGCAAUGAUCAGCGGCAGAGUUGCGAUGCGUCACGGCCUAGUGUGUCAUCUGCGUGCAUGAUGCGCAUUGCUGAUCCGACCAUGGGCGCUGGUGCCAGCAAAGAUGCAGAUCAAGUGCGAUGUGUAUGAGGCGUUUCUCUUAUGCAUACGUUGGCAAUCAGAUGCUGACAGCUGGCUGGUUCAUUCACCGUUCGUUUCUCAUCUAGGCUUCAUUGAGUUCGGCAUGGUAUUUCUUCAACUCUAUAUUUGUAUAUUUGUAUAUGAUGUACUAUUCCCCAGCUUCAUGCAUGUCAGACUUCAUGUCUAGUUCACCUACUGCGUUGCUCUCGUGGCGCACUUCGCGCUCAGCGACUUCAUAUACGUUGCACCGCUCGUUUUAAGGAGACUUUUGUUUGGGCCCUCCUCAGCAAAUCGCAGCUUUGCAAGAGCCUUUAGGAUUUGGUUCUAACAACAUCUGUUUACAUAGAUGAGCAUCAGCGCUGAAUAUCGCUCGAGAUGAGGAUUCCAUGCUGUAUGCACCAUUUUUAGGGGAACCAUUCCAUGUCAGUGUCAAGCGUGAUCCUGGAUGUAUCGCGAGGUUUCUUGUCGGUCGUAGUGUUAUUCUCAACGUCUUUGGGCAAGUGUUCACAUGGCUUUGUCCCGAUACGCCUUACACCGUCCAGCCCGUGCGGCAUUGGGAUGCCGAGUCAGGUACAUUCGCGGUCUCUCUUGUCUUGGAAGGAGUCCUGCUGGUCUAAGGAGGAUGUAUCAGCCACCAGCCGGUGGAAAGGGGUAUGUUUCACAUGCGAUUUAUGUUUCCUGGUGGCUGGUCUGAAAUUGGCUCCUGGCAAGGUUGGCGAUUCGUAUGCAGCUAUCGACUUCGGGUUCUAUUGCAUGGAACAUGGUAGAACUGCACGGUGGCGGAUUUGAACUUGGUGAGCUCAAAUAUACACAUAGCUCCAAGUACACCCCAGACACCUUCUUUCAGAUUCGCAUAGUCGGCGAAGCCGUCAAGUAUGUGAUCGAUCAGAAGGUUGUCUUCACGAGCGAGACAAUACCGACAUCGCCUCUUCAUUUCCAGGAGACUUGCGACCUUCAAUGGCCACCCGUGCGUCAUCCGUAAGCUCUCGUACGUCGAGAGUCCAGGUAAGACUUCAUUGGUGCAUGCGUUGUCUUGAGCGUAGCAUUGGGCACGGCGCUCAGCGGUGCCGCAUCCGCGCUUCCUUCGCGCUGUCAUAAAUCAGGCGUUUGCUUUGACUUGCAGUGAAUGAGAUGCUCGCGCGGCGACGACCAUCGACCAUCGGUGAUUGCUGCAAAAUCCAACGGCCUUCCCACCAUGGUCGACCGAGCCUCAGGACCUCACUCUUGGCACAGAACCACAAGAGGCCCCUUGGCACAGGAUCGCCUCUUGAGCACACAGUCUGGGGACCAGGGGAGGGUUUCAAGGGGCAUGUGUGUUCCCCCAUGCGACCGUCCAUCCAGAUACUGAUGGGAACCAGAUGCUUAUACCAUCUGGCUAUCGUGUCGUCCACAUGCUGGCCAAGAGGCCACGACUGAAAAUCAGGUUUCCCUGCCUAUCGGUCAGUUGGGCUCUCGCCCCAAUCCCAGGGAGAUCUCUGCCUG